AUGCUUUUGCCAGGACCUCAUAAAGAUCUAUGGGCAAAGUUAGACGAUGUCAAAAAGGCAACGCCGCCGAACCAGGUGCCAUUUCUGUAUAAUGCUGAUCCGUUCCAGGCUGAGAGGGAUAAAAAGGUUCAGAAAGCACAGGCUGCUGAUGAGCAUAAACUGAAACAGGAGCAGAGAGAGAAACAGAGCAUUGUAAAUAGUGUCAAGGUUACGUUAAAGAGUGAAGAGCACAGCAGGUCCAGCUCUCCUCAGCCAGCUGGAGGUGAAACUCCAACAACCCCUCCUACUCGUGAAAGACGAGUUCGUUUUAAUAAUGUUCUAGGUAUGUCGAAAACCAGUCGGAGUCUUACUGAGAGUACAAUCCGUAAAUAUCAUGGAUUUCAACUUCAGAGUUCGGAGGUUGGUUCCAAGGCUGGCACGAAUCAUGCCCAGCUGAUGACGACUCUGAAAAAGCUCGGGUUUGAGGACUCACAAGCUAAAGAAGCGCUUGAGAACAAUAGUAGUUUGAGUGGUUCAUUAGAGUGGUUGUUGAUUCACGUCCCAGAAGACGACCUUCCUGAGUUGUUCACGCGAAACAAACAUCUCGGUUCGCAAGCAAAUGUACAAGGAGGAGACUUGAAACUGGAGUAUGCGGUACGCGAGAUUCGCAAGUAUGGAUUUGCUGAAGAGGUUAUUCGUGAUGCUCUGGCUAGAUCUCGUGGUGAUAAACGGUUGGCCAUGGUUUCUCUCACUCAUCGCUUGGUUUCUGGAUCGGACGAUAAGAACUCUGUCGAGACCAGUGAUAGCACGAAUGAAGAAGCGUCUGUUUCUGCGUGGUCCGAUGAAGUUGAAAGUUUGCAAUCAAUCUACCCUGAAAAUGAGUUUAAAAUUGACAAGGAGACUGAUAAAUGUACAGUGUUGGCGAACCUGCAAUCGGCAAACUCCAAGUCGCCCAAGAUUUCUAUCUCGUUCUGGCGCUCUUCAGAUUAUCCUAAUUCUAUUCCUGGAUUAGCUUUAGAAGUUAUUGAGUCCGCCAAGCGUAUUCCCAAUUAUAUCUUGCUUGAUGUGAUUAAACAAGCUGGAACAUAUGCUGUUGAAAAUUUCAGAUCCGAUUUCAUGAUCAUGUCUAUAUGUGAAUGGAUCAAUGACAUGUUUAUGGAGAUAUAUAAAAGCCCGUCCAAGCUGUCGGAGAUUUCUGGAGCUGUCUCUGGAGACUUUGAAAAGUCGCUCAAGGACAAGACUGCUGGUUCAAAAGGAAAGUCCACAAGACACCGUACUUCGAACAAAUCAGCGUUCGGACCCAGCUCUGAAGCGCUAAAACAAGAGUAUGACGAAAAGCUAGCCAAGUCAUCACAACUAAGAUCAAUGAUUGAGUCGCGAAAGGACUUGCCUGCCUGGAAAAAACAACAGCAAAUUGUGGAUCUAGUGACUAAGAACCAAAUCACUCUUAUCACAGGUGAGACCGGUUCUGGUAAAUCUACUCAAGUUGUUCAAUUCGUUUUGGACGACAUGAUCAGCAAGAAUACAGGUUCAGCUUGUAAUAUCAUCUGUACACAACCACGUCGUAUUUCUGCCAUGGGUGUUGCACAGAGAGUAGCAGAUGAACGAGAUACACCAAUUGGCGAGCAGGUGGGUUAUGUGAUUAGAGGAGAGUCAAAGGUGUCAAAUAAUACUAAACUUCGUUUUGUCACUUCUGGUGUACUUCUGCGAAUGAUCCAGACUGACCCAGAAGGUGCUCUUCAAGGAGUAAGUCACGUUGUUGUCGACGAGGUCCACGAAAGAUCUUUGGACAGUGAUUAUCUACUUAUUCUGCUCAAACGUAUUUGCAAAGCAAACAAAAAUUUAAAGGUUAUACUGAUGAGUGCAACAGUCGACCCGAAACUAUUUAUUAACUAUUUCGACAACAAAGUCGGAUAUACCCAUAUCGAAGGAAGAACUUUUCCUGUAGAAGACCAUUUCCUGGACGACGUUAUCAGACAGACUCAAUACAUUCCACGAUCUCUCGAGGACGAUGAAGAUAUUUCGCCCAAUGACAUUGGUAGAAUUAUUGUCGCUCUCAAAGGCGGGGUCGAGUAUGACUUGAUUGUUAAAUUGAUUAACCAGAUUCAUUCCAAUCUUGGCAGUGAUAAAGGAAGUAUUCUUGUGUUCAUGUCAGGUGCUGCUGAGAUUGACAAAUGUAUAUCGACUAUUAACAACUCGUCGAAUGGAUACAGUUACUACGCACUUCCUCUUCAUGCUUCUUUGACUCCCGCUGAGCAAAGAAGAGUAUUUCCAGCUGCACCAGCUGGAAAGCGAAAGAUUGUUGUGUCGACAAACGUUGCCGAGACAUCUAUCACGAUCCCUGAUAUUGUAGCAGUCAUUGACUCUGGUCGAGUCAAAGAGACGGUGUAUGAUCCCCAGUCCAAUGUUGUGAAGUUGGUUGAUAACUGGGCUUCACAAGCUGCUGUUACACAGAGAAGAGGUAGAGCUGGUCGUGUUCAGAAAGGUACUUGUUAUAAGCUGUAUACGGAGAAUAUCCAGCAGAACGAGAUGCUUCCGAGACCAGCACCAGAAAUGGCCCGCGCUCCCCUAGAACAGCUGUAUCUCAGUGUCAAGUCCAUGGGAGUUGGUGAUGUGAGAAAAUUUCUAUCUGAAGCUUUAGACCCGCCUGAGACAGCUGCUUUGGACGUCGCUAGAAACUCCCUGAUCAAGGCCGGUGCGUUAGAGAGUGUUUCUGAUAAUCUCACAUCUCUUGGUAGACACAUCUCGACAAUCCCGGCAGACGUCCGUACAGCCAAACUUCUCAUUCUAUCAGCAAUGUUUGGCUGUUUGUCUACUGGUCUUACUCUGGUGUCAAUUCUCUCUUUGCGUAGCCCGUUUGUAUCACCGCGUGAGAAACGUGAAGAAGCUAAGAAAGCGAUGCUAGGCUUUGAGGGACCUGGCCAUGGAGAUUUGCUGUGUGCUGUGACUGCUUAUGAGCAAUGGUUGGAAAAGCGAAAUACUCUCAGUUCCUCGGGUAUACGAAACUGGGCAAAAGACAACUAUUUAUCGAUUCAAACGUUACACGAUAUCUCAUCUGCCAGAAAACAGUUUCUGUCUAAUCUGCAGGAAAUAGGAUUUAUCUCUUCCAGCAAUGAACGGUCAAUUCCAGCAUACUAUUAUGGACAGGAAGGUAAUGAAGCUUUGAUAAGAGCCAUAAUAGGUGCAGCAAUGAGUCCUAAUCUGGCUGAGAUUGUAUUCCCUGAAAAGACUUUCAAAGCUGUCAGUUCAGGAACAGUAGAACAGGACGCAGAGGCGAAAGGGAUCAAGUUUUUCAAUGAUCAAAUGGAACGAGUGUUUAUCCACCCAAGUAGCAGCUUGUUUGGUGUCAAUAAGUUCCUGUACGAUAGCAAGUACAUUAGCUAUGCUACAAAAAUGUCUACGACAAAGUUAUUUAUUAAUGGACUGACUCCUGUGAGUACAUAUGGCAUGUUGUUCUUUUCAAAUUCCAUAACCGUUGACCCACUUGGUGAGGGUAUUAUUGUGGAUGGAUGGCUUGGUUUGAAAUGCUGGCCAAGAGUUGGUAUUCUUGUUCGACUACUCAGAAAAUUGUUCAAUUCGUUGCUAGACUCUAAAUUUGCUGAUCCGCGAUUAGACAUUUCGAAGCAUGAGAUAAUGGACAUUGUACAGAAGCUAAUUCAGAGCGAUGGUCAAUAUAAAUAG